GGUAGUUGGCAAAAGGCCGCAGCUGACACGAGCCAAACCAGUCUCUUCUUCUCUCUGCGGUAAAAUGUCUUGUCGUGUUUUCGCGUGGCGCGUAUUUAACAAGAAGUGCGGCAAAAUGCGCCAGCUGCUCAAGAGUGGAAUUCAAAUUGCUCAAAUAGCAUGUUUGAUGGAAAUGGAACGGGGACGAAAUCGUGCGCUUCCUGCACUUACGACAACACCACUGGAAAAGUCGGAAUUCUCGGCCCUGGAAAAGGGGUUGGCUGAGCUGGUGGAGAGAUAUUUGUCGCCCUUCUUCGUCUCGUUUCAAGAGCUGCGUGGUGUCCUCGAGGCGGAGGCGUUGAUUGUGUUCAAGAGCCACUUCGGGAGCGAUUUGAGUGCCUUCGAAGCAAACUUCCUGCGCCCGACCGCCCUUCUGCUCGCAGAUAAACCGCAGUGGUUGGCACCUCUUGAAGGACACCUUGGUGAAGCGGCUGUCGUCGUGGUGCACUUUGGCGAAGCGUCAGCCGGGGCCGUCGGCCCCCGCACCCUCCACUGCUGCAUCCGUCCCGCGCUUGAGGGCGUGGAGGCGGCCAUCUCGUGGCGGGGGCCGCACGGGCAGCUGAGGAGGCGGCUCGCCGGCCCCCACGCCCCAAUGACGGCCCCUGGCGAGACAGCGGCGGUGCUCGUCGCCGUCAAUGGGGACUCUGCGGUCCCCUUGCGGCAGGCACCUCUGCACCUGCUCGAGCGUAUUCCACAUAUUGAUUCUGAUGACGACGAGCCACCUCCACACACGCCGCCCCCGCCUCCUCUUAUCACUGGCGACGAGGAGCCGGCCCCUGCCGCCCCCACGACCGCCUCGCAGCUGCCCCCGGGUCUGCUCGCCUCCGGACUUUUCGCCCUCGCAGACUCGGAAGACUGUGAGGGUGCUGCCGUGAUCGUGGCCAACAGCCCCAAAGAACCCUUCACCACCCCCCGAUGUGCUGGACAACUACUGGCGUAUCUGGCUCUUCUCGUGGAAAGGCGGUGUGAGCACGAGGGAAGAGAGAGUUGCCCGCGACUCACCCUGUUUGUGCCCAGACUGGAGUCUACUGCCGCACUUGACCUGAUUGACCGAUCUCUGUUCGCUGCCCAGACACUUGGCACGCAGGUCGGAAGAGUUAUUGUACGCAGACAGCCUGGAGGGACACCAGCCAAAUUGAGGCGGAUUCUGCCAAUUAGUAAAGUCAAGUUGCAUGUAGUUGGUGGAGACAGUUCAGCACUGCGCCGUUUCUUUUGCGACGGCUCACUUCCAUCCCCCGCCAACCCUGAGCGCCCCCACCUGAGGGCCCAACUGCUGCAGGAUGCGGAGGAGUUAGAGGCAGCUUGCUCAGGAUCAGACCGUCUGCAAGCAUUGCCCGACCUUCAACUGCGAUCGUCGCAAUUGCAAUUGAGGGCUCAAAACGAAACCUGUCCGUAUUUGAGGGUUUGCCUCGACAGAGCGGCAGCAGCCGUGGCCGCCCUUGCAGAGAGCACCGAACCAGCGGCCAAGUCGCUCAUCCAACAGGAAAUAAGAUGGUUUGAGCAUGAAGGAGAGCGAGCUCUGGCAGACAUCUUAGCCGUGGCAGAAGGGCCGCCAGACCCUCUCGGAGGCAGCAGGUUCCAUCCUCUGUACCUCGAAGCUGUGCGUCACAUGGAGCGUGCAUCCAACCUGGCAGAGGAGGCAGCCGGGGCUGGAUGCGAGUCCUCCGGAGGCGGCACUCUCUCGACGCUGGCACGAUCACUGAAGCAACAUUUGAGAGGGUUCGGUGGUCGCCUGGAGGAGGCACGAGAGCGCUUCGAGGACGCACACCGUUGUCUCGCACUUGUCGCAAAGGCUGAAGAAUGGGCAAGUGAAGCAGACUGCAGGCUGCGUGAGGCGGACGAGAAAGCGCUUCGUCUGCAUGUGAUGGCACAUCCAGCACCUUGCGCCUCGCACCUAGCAGAAAUGUCUCAACUCGCAAGGAAGCUGCGCAACCAAAAGCUCGCAGAGCAUUGCCAGGAGACUGAGACGCGCUGCAUUACUGCGAUGGAGUCGGUGCGAAACCGCCUCUCAAGUUGCACCUGCUGGCCGGACCCAAGAGCCCAGUCGUGGCCCGACGAGGAGGGCAGCAGCAGCGUGGCGUCCGUGGCCUCCGACGACCAAAAGAGCAGUGAGUGUACAAAAGAGGAAGAGGCGGACGCAGCGGCGGUGGAGAAGGGUCCGUUGACCCCAAACGCGCACCUUGAGCAGCUGCAGACCCCACCCUUGGAAGCUGCUGACCCUACAGCAGACCCAAACGUCCUUAAAACACAGAGAACAUUACUUUUGAUACUGAGAGAAAUGAUCCAGACUGAACGAGACUACGUCAGAGCGCUUGAAUAUGUAAUUGAGCAUUAUGUGCCAGAGCUACUGCGAGAUGACAUUCCGCAAGCGUUGCGUGGACAACGGAAUGUGGUUUUCGGCAACAUCGAAAAAAUCUGCGAGUUUCACCGCCACUUUUUCCUUCUAGAGCUGGAAAAGUGCGAGAAGCGACCGCUCGCAGUCGCCAACAUCUUUCUCAAAUAUGAGGACAGAUUUUACCUGUACGCCUUGUACAACAAGAAUAAACCCAAGUCAGAUGCAUUGCUCGCUGAUUAUGGCGCUGCCUUCUUCAGAACAAAGCAAGCUGAGCUGGGCGACAAGAUGGACCUUGCAAGUUACCUGCUGAAGCCCGUCCAGCGAAUGGGCAAGUACGCCCUUCUCCUGCAGCAAAUGCUCAAACACGCGGCUGGCGGGCAGGCGGCCGAUUUGAUCACCGCCGAGGCCAUGGUCCGGUUUCAGCUCCGCCACGGCAACGACCUCUUGGCCAUGGAUUCGCUCACCAACUGUGACGUCAAUUUAAAAGAGCAGGGUCGGCUUUUGCGCCAAAACGAGUUCAUCGUGAGCCAGGGUCCGAGAGGAAGGAAAUGCGUUCGCCACGUUUUCCUUUUCGAAGAACUCAUUCUCUUCAGCAAAGCACGCAAAUUCCCAGAUCGAAAGAAUUUGGAUUUGUUUGUGUACAAGAACAGCAUAAAAAUGACGGAUAUCGGGCUGACAGCGCUGGUGGCUGACUCGCCUAACAAAUUUGAGAUUUGGUUCCGCAAACGAAAGCCCAACGACACUUUCACCUUGUACACCGCCUCUUCUGACGUCAAGGCUGCGUGGACCAAAGAAAUUUCAAAUCUGCUCUGGCAACAGGCGCUCAAAAACAGAGAGGUGCGCUUGGCAGAAAUGUCCAGCAUGGGGAUUGGGAACAAGCCUUGCCUGGACAUCAGACCAAGUCAGGACCAGAUUUCUGACAGAUCUAUCGGCCUCUCGCAGCUCUCCAAAGCUGGUGCGCGAUUUCGAAGCUCAGUUGCGAUCAGCUCUGCUGAGAGAAGGCCACGGAGGCCGCACUCAGUUGUCUCCGUGUCCUCGUCAUCCUCGUCCUCUGCAGGCUCAAACUAUGGAUCAGCAGAACACUCGACGCUGCGCUCAAACACACUGAACAGCCAUUCUUCCCUUGAGAGCGGCAUUAUUUCGGAUUUGAGCGCUAGUCUGGAGGAAUCGUGGUCUGCCGAAUCGCCGACAGCUGCCGCCACACAGUGACCUUUUACCGCCGCGACACCCCAGUCAAACCCAGUCGUUUUACCAAACUUAAGUCCAAUCAAAUAACAAGCCAACUCUUCUAACUUAGGCUAAAGGGUGUAUUUUUAUGACCAAAAUUGAUAGUUCUAUUUUACUUGUGAGUAAAACAGAAGUCGAGUCGUACUUUUUAUUUAUAUUUGUAAAUUUCGCUGACAGAGUGUGAAUGUAUUUUAACUUCACAAAUAAAAUUAAGUUGAAAUGUGAA